UGAGCCUGAUGCUGCUGAACAUGUCCAUAGUCAGCACCUCACUCCCCGCCCGCUCAGACUCUCCGCCGGAAGUUAUCGUCUCCUAGCGACCGGCAUUAAACAAUAUGGUGGCGCAGAGGGGUGACAAUGAGCAGCCCGCUAGUUACGUUAGGGAGGUCCCGGAGGAGUAAGAUCCUAGGCGACCACCACGAUCACCUGGGGAAGCCCAUGGAUGUCCAGAUGUCCCGGGAGACCCCAGCUGCCAGAGACCAGAGAAGAGCUGCCCCCUUUAAAGACAAUGCGGCUUAUCUAGUUGCAAGUCUUCCAUCCAGCAACAGUUUCCCUCAAGAGAAGGUACAGUUCACACUUGGGAAGGAACACGGAUUGAGUGACUUUGAUCUGUUAAGCAGUACUGUAAAAAGAGUCAGUGAGUUGGAGACACGAGUAAAACUACAAGCACGAGAAAUCCAGCUGAAGGAUCAAGAGAUUGCUGCCUUGGAACAGAAGAUCAAGAAAUUGCAAACACGAAGGACAGACAAUCCACCAGUGGACAAGCAAGUAUACGAGCUUGAGAAAAAAUGUCAGGAACUGCAGAAGAAAGUAAAUGACAUGGAGCAUUUUCUUAGUGAUUAUGGACUUAUUUGGGUCGGAGAUGAAGGUCCAUCUGAAUCUACAGAGCAAAUGAUUCCACAAAGCAAUGCAGGUCAAUCUUCCUACAGUUUCCAACCAGAUUUUGAUCUUAUCCUUGAGAAUAUUCAGGAUUUGAAUGUGCUUGGAGGAGAAGGUGUAUCACAUGUAGAGUAUAAAGAGGGGGCAGCACGUCUGAGGUCACCUGAGUCUGUACCACUCACUUUAUAUAAAAAUGGAAUCCUUAUGUUCCAGGGGCCAUUUCGUUCCUACCAAGAGCCAUCAACACAGCAAUGCCUGAGGGACAUCAUGGAUGGAUAUUUUCCUUCAGAACUGCAGACACGCUUUCCUGAUGGAGUACCUUUUCAGGUUACAGAUAUGCGGAAUGUUGUAUUCAAUGAACGUCGGUCAUGGGAUCAAUUUCCGGGUCCUGGUCAAAGUGUUGGGUGUGCAGAGAAAAAUCUCGUUAAGACUAGUGAGAAACCAGGCCCUCGGCUUUCUGUACAACAAUUCUUAAACAGACUCCCUAAAUCUGUUAUCCAAGGUGGUCGUGUCAUUGAUGUUCAGGGUCCCAUUAGGGACAAUCUGCUGGGGUCCAACGCAGAUGAGAAGACACAAGAGAGCCUUGUGGAAUCUCCACUUGUGUUGUCAAUGGAUAAUGGACCCCAAGCAAAUGCAGUUGUGUGUACCCUAAGAGUCAAGUCUGAGGCUGGAGACCACACUUACAAGGUGCGAAUGUUGCACUCUGAGACCAUUGGAGAUCUACGGUUCUACCUUUCACAACAUAGAUCUUGUGACAUUUCAUCCUGUGAUAUCAUCAGUCUAUUUCCACACCAUGUUUAUGACCACAAUGCUUGUACUCUGCAAGAGGCUGGCCUUGUACCCAAUGCAUUGCUCCUACUUCGAAAGAAGAAGCCCAAAGAUCCUGAAAAUCAGGAGCCACUCCGGCUGACCAAGCAGCUGCAAUGUGAUUUAUAAGCGCUAAUGUAUAUGUAAAACUGAUGACUAUUGUAAUAUAUUUCUACAUUUAAGGUAGUGUGCACUAAUUUAUGCAGGAAAAAAAACAUGCAAAAAUUGUAUUGUAGCAAGUAUAUCUGCAUAUUUUUCAUAUCAUUUUCUACAAUCAUUUAAAGCAAAAAAGAUUAGCUAAUGUCAACGACUAUGGGAUUACUGGAGCAAAGACUACUUACUGCUCAACCACUUUCCUACCUGUAGGCUUCCUUCACACAGUAAAAAUUGCCACAAAAACUGCACUUUUCUUGUACUACACCACAAAAACUGCAUCUUGGAGGACAUUUAUUUUUGUGAUAUUUUCCCCAUCUGGCCUUUUUUCAUUACAAGUCAUAUGAUUUAAAGUUUUCUAGUAAAGAAUAUAAAAGGUGGGGAGACAAGACCCAAGAAGAAUGCAAAAACAUGUUUGUUAAACUUUUAGUCUAUAGGAGGAAAAAUGUCAGCCUACGGCACGCUGUGUUUUGGAAAGACUGCCUCUGAAAACUCCACAAAACAAACAAAAAUUAGUUAUAGGAUUUUAUACUUCCGUAUUGUCUUCUAUAACAUGUGAAUGCAUUGCUUUUCUUCAAGAAAAACAAAACAUGUGAAAACUCCUAUCAUACCAUAAAUUAUUACUGUAGUUGCUAACAACCUGUUUCUGCUGGGAUAAAUAACAGUGGAGACACUCAUACAUGCUGAUGUUACUACCCCUUUUGGAAACUCAGGUCACUUUUAUUGCAGGUUUUGUGGCAGACAUGCACAAAUUAUAUAUUUUUUAAACUGUAAAUUUUUAUUAAAGAAUUUUCAUAGGUACAAAUCAAAAAACACUGCAUAGACAGCCUACAGCCCGUUAACAAUCGGAGCAAAACAAAUAAGAGAACUUGCAAGUAAUAGGGCCAGGGCAAGCUAGUCCAGCAACUAAAACACUCCACCAGCCCCCGGUACCAACAUGUAAAUCCAUAACUAAAACAGCCGUCGGAAUAUAUAGUAAAAAACAGACCAUGUCCACACGGCAGCGCAUAUAGGAAAAAGGCCCGAGGGUCACAUACAAAAAAAAAUAAAAAAAAUAUGCAAAAAUGCAAAACCAACAUUGCUUAAUAAAACAAAACAUGCUAAGUAGACCACUAACAAGUAAAAAAAAAAAAAUGCCUAAAUCUAGAGUGAAGUAAGACUACCUUUUCCAUAAGUCAAAUCAAAAUGAGAGGAUCUCCCUUCUGAAAGCCAGGAUGUGGGGCUGAUUAGAAAGCGCAUAUUUCACUCUGCACGCCGCUUCAUGUUUUCACCUGUCCGCUUGACUGGCUGGCCACACUUUGACAAGGGUAACAGAAGACUAACUUGCUGGUGUCAAUGAUCAUCAGAACAGCUUCAUUUGUUAAAUGGAUUAUAUUUCAGUACCAGACAGGUACAAAGACAGUGGUUC